CCAUGGGAAUUGAGGUUUCUAUGUUAUUUACAAGUUCCCUUCUUCUCUUCUUACCCAUACUAGUCAUUCUUAUCAUAAAGUAUUACAAAGUAUCAAAUCCUUACCAAAAAUUGGCUCCAGGUCCAUGGAAGUUGCCAAUUAUAGGAAACCUUCAUCAGAUGGGCAGCUUACCCCAUAUAUCACUAGCAAAUUUAGCAACCAAACAUGGUCCCCUCAUGCACCUUCAGCAAUAGUCAUUUCAUCGCCUCAAUUAGCUAAAGAAAUGAUGAAAACUCACGACCUCACCUUUGCUAAUAGGCCACAACUUAGCGUUGCGAAAAUAAUGUUCUACGAUUGUCAGGACAUUGCUUUUUCUCCAUAUGGUGAUUACUGGAAACAAAUAAGAAAGAUUUGUGUAAUGGAACUUCUUAGUACCAAAAAUAUUACAUCAUUCUUUCCUAUGAUGGUUGAUGAAACUUAUCUUCUUGUUAAUUCCAUUAAGGCCAUGUCUGAAAGACCAAUUAAUAUUAGUGAAAAGAUGUAUUUACUAGCAAGUGCAAUAAUUUGUAGAGCUUCAAUUGGGAGGACUUGCAAGGAUCAAGAAUCUGUGAUUAUGUUAAUGAAACAAGUUGCAUCUUUUGCUGGAGUUUUUAAUGUUGUAGAUUUGUUCCCCUCCUUGAAGAUUCUUCAUUUUAUUAGUGGGACAAACAGAAAAUUACUUCAAUUGCAUCGUAAAGUCGAUCCUGUUCUCGAAAGAAUCAUCAAUGAACAUGAAACAGAGCAAUUAGCAACAGAACAUAUAGGAGAAGAUCUGGUGGACGUUCUUCUGAGACUUCAAGACAACAACGAAUUUCAGAUUCCUAUCACAAGAAAUAAUAUCAAAGCCAUAAUACUGGACAUGUUUGUGGCUGGAAGUGCAACAUCAUCAACAGUAUUAGAGUGGGCUAUGUCAGAACUGUUGAAGAAUCCAAGCAUGAUGGAAAAAGCACAAGCUGAAGUUAGAGAAGCCUUCAAUGGAAAGACAACAAUUGAUCAAACAGAUCUUAAAAAAUUAAAAUACCUCAAAAUGGUUAUUAAAGAAACUCUAAGAUUUCACCCUCCAGGACCCUUAUCAAUUCCAAGAGAAUCCAAACAACAAUGUUACAUUAAUGGAUACACUAUACCAAAUAAAACAAUAGGUAUUGUGAAUAUGUGGGCACUUGGGAGGGAUUCAGAAUAUUGGGAAGAAGCUGAGAAAUUUGAGCCAGAGAGAUUUAAUGAAAGUCCACUUGAUGUUAGUGGAAAUCAUUUUCAAUUCAUACCAUUUGGAGCUGGUAGAAGAAUUUGUCCAGGCAUAAACUUUAGUAUGGCAAGCAUGGAGUUAUGUCUAGCUCAGUUACUUUGCCAUUUUGAUUGGAAACUUGUGAAUGGAGCUAGUCCUCAACAACUGGAUAUGACUGUCAACUUUGGUAAUGUUGCAUCAAGGAAAAACAGUUUGUACUUGCUUGCUUCUCCAUUUCUUAAACAAGAUGCACGUUGAAAAAUCCAAUUUUUAGGAAAUUUAGGAAUCAUGUUAUCUACGUAUAUGGUUAGCAUUUUCAUUUUUUAUUAUUAAAUUGUGUUUUAGGAAAAAAGUUAUCAUAUAAAUUACUUUGUUGGAAGCCAUA